AUAUAGGCCAUCAAGCUUCACGGAAACAACUCUCUUCUUUCUGUACCAUCCAUCACAGCUCCAACACUGUCUUCUAUCAGAUCACGAAAGCUCGAACCAAUUCACUUGAAUCAUAAUCAAUCACAUUGCCCAACACCCAAACCCCCCGCUUUCCAACUAUCAAAAUGCAUACCGGCUUCGUCCUCAACGCCAUCCUCGCCGUGGGCGCUGCUACGGCAGUCUCGGGAUCGGUGAUUACUACUCGUGCCAACCGCAAGGCCAACGAGUUCUCAAGCGGCAACUGUGCCCAGGGGACCGCGUCUUAUGAGCACCAAAGCAACUUCAACGUCGACGUCACAAUGGACGACACCAGCCACUCCGUCUACUUCGCGUCGGGGCCGUGGUUCUACUACAGCGGAAAGACCGGAAACGGCGGCUCGUGCACCGGCGACUUGCUCGGAAGCUGGGCCAACGACGAAGCGAACCCGUGCGUGAACCUGGACAGCAGAGGUGCCGACGCCCGUCGCAUCAGGUGCGUCAGGUGGAACAACGGUUCUUAGCGUUCGGGCGUUUCUGGACGACACCUGUCGCGUCGGUGGGAGAGCCGAAGGGGGGCGGGGACGGAACACUCGCACGAGACUUGUACUUUGACUUGCAUUGUUGAACCAAUUGCG